GAUGAAUAAACCAACGAAGUCUAUUGACUAUCUUUCAUGGUAUCAGAGCACAGCUCUUCUUAAAUUUUUCUUUUCACUUUUUCGUCAUCUAUCAAGUGUCUCUUCUACAAUCUCUCGCUAUGGCGAACGUUGAGAGAGCCUUUGGAGUGACGAACAUCAAACACCACAUCCCUUUGGUGUUGGAUCUCGAUGUCUUUAAUUAUGAUGCUUGGAGGGAACUUUUCCUCACUCAUUGCCUCGCGUUUGAUGUCCUUGGACAUGUCGAUGGAACGUCAACACCCACCGGAGACGACGACGCUACAUGGAGGAAACGUGAUGGUCUUGUUAAGUUAUGGAUCUACGGCACUCUUGCGCAACCAUUAUUCAAAUCAUCUUUCAAGACCGGUGGAACAGCCAGAGAUAUAUGGUUACGCAUCGAGAACCAGUUCCGUAACAACAAGGAAUCCCGCUUUCACUGCUUUCCCUAGAAUCACUAUUCACAGAGAUAUCAAGGCUACGCAUGUUUUCUUGGGUAAAAACGGGACUGCUAAGCUCACUGAGUUCUCGAUUGCUGUAACACUCCCUGAGGGUAAAUCAUGGAUUGAAGAGAUGGUGGUGGGAACUUAUGGAUGCGCAGAUACUAUUUAUAAGUCGACGGGCAUACUGACAGAAUAUUCAGAUGUGUAUAGUUUUGGAAUCCUUAUGUUGGUUCUUCUGAUGGGAAGACCACCAGUUUUGUAUGGACCAGAUAGGCGGUUGGAUCAUGGUUCUGAUAUUCUUGAUUAUGUGAAGGAUCUGCAGGAGAGAGGAGAACCUGUUGAGUUCGGAGGCGAUUCCAAUGACAUGAGGCCUGGUCAGAUGAACAUGUUUCUCGACCUGGCGCUGAGAUGCUUCGAGGAUUGGAAUGAAGACAGGCCGAAGAUGAUCUUGGUUGCAAAACAGAUUAAGCUUAUAGAACAAGCAUCACCCGGUUCAGAGAUGCCUGAAAAUGGGUCUGAAAAUGCUCAGAUUUAAGAUUAUGCCCAUACCUUGUAUGUUUGUGUAUUGUUGUAUUGGUGGAUUGCUUUUAGUAUAUGAUUUUCAAAUAAGACUUCAUUUGCUGAGGUUCUGAAAACAAACAGAAUAAAUUGUCUCAAGGAAACCUGAAAAUGAAUCUUAGUUGUAACGCUUAAGUACUCUGUUUCUACCUUCUGGUAUCCUUUGUGU